GAGCGGGACCGCGGCAGGAUUGGCAGGGGAGGGCACAGCCCCUUGUCCUCUGGCCUGGGCUGGGGGGCCACGUCCGGAAGGCUGGACUGAGGCCAGGGCUGUGCUCCCACCCUUUGCGCGGGGCUCAGGCUGCCUGCCAGGGCUGAUAAGAGGCCCUCUGGGGGCUCCCACAAACGGUUUAUCACUGGGGCCGGGAAGGGGGGGACAGCCGGUACGGCUCAGGAGGGGGCGUGAGCAUGGAGCGGCUUUGGGGUCUACUCCAGAGAGCGCAAAGAUUGUCCCCAAGACUCUCUCAGACCAUCUACAGGCGUGUGGAGGGCACCCAGCAGGGGCGUCUGGAGGAGGAAGAGGAAGACGGGGAGGAGGGGGCCGAGCCACAGGCCCACUUCUGCCACAUGGAGCUGAGGGGCCCUGAGCCCCUGGGCUCUCGACCAGGACGUCAAAACCUUGGACUCUGGGCGGCAGCAGGACGAAGGGCCACCCCCUACCUGGUCCUGACAGCCCUGCUGAUCUUCACUGUGGCCUUCCUCCUGGGCUACGUGGCCUUCCGAGGGUCCUGCCAGGUGUGCGGGGACGACGUGUUGGUGCUCAACGAGGACAUGAACUAUGAGCUGGGCCCGGACUCCCACCAGGGCAUGUUAUACUGGAGCGACCUCCAGGCCAUGUUCCUGCGGCUCCUGGGGGAGGGGUCCCUGGAGGACGCCAUCAAGCAAACCAGCCUUCGGAAAAGGGUAGCCGGCUCGGCUGGGAUGGCCGCCCUGUCUCAGGACAUCCGCGUGGCGCUCUCCAGCCAGAAGCUGGACCACGUGUGGACAGACACGCACUACGUGGGGCUGCAGUUCCCGGACCCGGCUCACCCCAACACCCUGCACUGGGUGGAUGCGACCGGAGGGCCGGGGGAGCAGCUGCCGCUGGAGGACCCCGACGUCUACUGUCCCUACAGCGCCACGGGCAACGCCACGGGAGAGCUGGUGUACGCCCACUACGGGCGGCCGGAGGACCUGCAGGACCUGCGGGCCAGGGGCGUGGAGCCAGCGGGGCGCCUCCUGCUGGUGCGCUUGGGGGUGAUCAGCUUUGCCCAGAAGGUGGCCAGUGCCCAGGACUUUGGGGCCCGAGGCGUGCUCAUAUACCCCGACCCAGCAGACUUCUCCCAGGACCCACACAAGCUCCCCCUGUCCAGCCACCGAGCUGUGUUUGGACACGUGCACCUGGGAACUGGGGACCCCUACACACCUGGCUUCCCUUCCUUCAAUCAAACCCAGUUCCCUCCAGUGCAGUCCUCGGGCCUCCCUAGCAUCCCAGCCCAGCCCAUCAGUGCAGACAUUGCCACCCUCCUGCUGAGGAGGCUUGAAGGUCCUGUGGUCCCCCAAGAAUGGCAGGGGAGCCUCCCAGUCUCCCCUUAUCACCUGGGCCCUGGGCCAGGCCUGCAUCUGGAGGUCAACAACCACAGGGCCUCCACCCCCAUCAGCAACAUCUUUGGCUGCAUCGAGGGCCGCUCUGAGCCAGAUCACUAUGUUGUCAUCGGGGCCCAGAGGGACGCAUGGGGCCCAGGAGCGGCCAAGUCCGCCGUGGGGACCGCCAUACUGCUGGAGCUGGUGCGGACCUUUUCCUCCAUGGUGAGCAAUGGCUUCCGCCCCCGCAGAAGUCUUCUCUUCAUCAGCUGGGACGGAGGUGACUUUGGGAGUGUGGGCUCCACGGAGUGGCUAGAGGGCUACCUCAGCGUGCUGCACCUCAAAGCUGUAGUCUAUGUGAGCCUGGACAACGCAGUGCUGGGGGAUGACAAGUUCCAUGCCAAGACCAGCCCCCUUCUGAUCAGCCUCAUCGAGAGCAUCCUGAAGCAGGUGGACUCUCCUAACCGCAGCGGGCAGACCCUCUACGAGCAGGUGGUGUUCAACAAUCGCAGCUGGGAUGCUGAGGUGAUCCGGCCGCUGCCCAUGGACAGCAGUGCCUAUUCCUUCACGGCCUUUGCGGGGGUCCCUGCCGUCGAGUUCUCCUUCAUGGAGGAUGGCACCCCGUACCCGUUCCUGCACACGAAGGACGACACGUAUGAGAACCUGCACAAGGUGCUGCGGGGCCGCCUGCCCGCCGUGGCCCAGGCUGUGGCCCAGCUCGCUGGCCAGCUCCUCAUCCGGCUCAGCCACGAUCACCUGCUGCCCCUGGACUUCGGCGGCUAUGGGGACGUGGUCCUCAGGCACAUCGGCAGCCUCAACGAGUUCUCUGGGGACCUCAAGGCUCGCGGGCUGACCCUGCAGUGGGUGUACUCAGCGCGGGGGGACUACAUCCGGGCGGCCGAGAAGCUGCGGAAGGAGAUCUACAGCUCGGAGGAGAGCGACGAGAGGCUGAUGCGCAUGUACAACGUGCGCAUGAUGCGGGUGGAGUUCUACUUCCUGUCCCAGUACGUGUCGCCGGCCGACUCCCCGUUCCGCCACAUCUUCCUGGGCCGCGGAGACCACACGCUGGGCGCCCUGCUCGACCACGUGCGGCUGCUGCGCUCCGGCUCCGGGGCCCCUGGGGCCGCCUCCUCCGGGGUGGCGCCCGGCCUGGGCUUCCAGGAGAGCCGCUUCCGACGUCAGCUGGCCCUGCUCACCUGGACGCUGCAGGGGGCAGCCAACGCGCUUAGUGGGGACGUCUGGAACAUCGAUAACAAUUUCUGAGGCCCUCCGGGGCCCCCACCUGCCCCGGGGCCCCCACCUGUCCCUGCCCCCUGCCGACAGCUCCUGCUCUCCCUGCCUGGGCGAUUUCUGGGUGACCGAGGUGCCCCUGCACCACCUCUCAUUGCUGACAGGUUUCUCAUGAGCCCUUCCUGUCUCUUAGGGGGCCUGACUCCAGCGCAGACACCCACAUACCCCUGGUCCUGAACUGUAGGAGUAGGUGAGCGGUGCCUUCCUCAAUGGGACGUUCAUCCUAUCAGCUAAUCAAGGAGCAACAUCCUCUCCGUCUGUCACAGUCCCUUCGCCUUCAGGAGCAGGGUCCCCCACACCUAGAGACCACUCUGGAAUGUUUCCUGGGCCCUGGGACCUGGCCAGCCCUCCUAGUGGGGAAGAUGGCUGGGACUAGAGCCUUAUGGCCAACACGUGGUCUGUGGUGGGACGAGCUGGGGUUUGGACUUCAAUAAACCACCUAGUGACAUCCUUG